AUGUGGCAGCCCUACAGUCCUCAUUGUGUGUCCAAGCUCUCCCAUUGGCUCCAAACUGUGAGAAAAUCCAACAAGCCUGAAACCCACACAUUCAUAUGGAGAUUUGGGAGUAUAAAUAGAGGAGAUGCAGCCAGUACAAAUCAGACUCACUCUACACAGAGAGAUCUACAGCACAGAGACACAGCCAUGGCACCAACCAUCACUUCAGCAAUGAACAUCUCAAAUGAGCAGCUACCUCUGAACAACAAGCUGAGGAAGCCGAUGGUGGAGAAGAUGCGUAGAGAUCGUAUCAACAGCAGCAUUGAGCAGCUGAAGUCUCUCCUGGCUCCAGAGUUCCUCAACCAGCAGCCUGACUCCAAACCAGAUAAAGGAGAUAUCCUGGAGAUGACAGUCAGCUUCCUGAGACAACAGCAGCAGCAGACUGCAUUCUCCUCCAGCUCAGCAGCUGUCAAUCAAGGCUUCUCCAGAUGUGUCCAUGACAUUGUCCACUUCCUGUCCAAAGAUGAGGUGAAGACACAGAGCGAGAGAAAACUGCUGAACCACUUCCAGAACCUGCAGCCAUCUUCAGACGAGAACAGGAGGGAAAGUGUUCUGGCUCAGCUGAGCUCUACAGAACAGCAGAUCAUCAGCAAAGAGACGACUUCAGUUAAGAGCUCCCUCUGGAGGCCCUGGUAAAGACAAGAUCAAGACUCAAAGCUGAAAACACAAAUCUAUGUGGACUUUUUAUGUUUUUAUUUCAAGUUCUGUGUGAACAGAAUUAUAUUGUUAAAAUUUAACAUCUUAUUGUUGUCUUAUGUCAAUAGACUUUUAACUACGUCUAGAAGUCUAAGAUUUUAUACUUACCUUUCUACUUUG